UACGAGGUUACUUGGCAAUUUCUAAUACUUACUUAUAAGCAACCGUAUCUUUAAGUAUUCAAUAUUGUCACACCAUACUUUAUAUAAAACAAAACUUCCACUACCCACAAAACUUUCGUCUUCUUUAAUCAAUGGAACGAGAACGAGAACGAGAACAAGAAGAGUCUACGAUGCGUAAGAGAAGACAACAACAUCAACCACACCAAGAAAUAGCUAAGAGGAAACCAUAUAGAGGGAUAAGGAUGAGGAAGUGGGGCAAGUGGGUAGCUGAGAUUCGUGAACCUAACAAACGUUCACGUCUUUGGCUCGGCUCUUACACAACCGACGUCGCGGCCGCUAGAGCCUACGACGUCGCGGUGUUUUAUCUACGUGGCCCUUCUGCAAGACUCAACUUCCCUGAUCUUCUCUUACAAGAAGAGGACCACCGAUCAGCUGCUUCUGCCGACAUGCCCGCCGCUCUUAUAAGGGAGAAGGCGGCUGAGGUUGGUGCUAGAGUUGAUGCUCUUCUCACUUCUGCUUCUAAGUCACCGUUGACGACGGCUGAUGAGUCAUCUUUGUCGGUAAUAAAACCUGAUUUGAAUCAAGUACCCGGAGAUGUAUAAUUACAAUCAUACACAACAUAUAUGUAGUUUGUGUUUUUUUUUUUGUUUGUGUUAGAAGAUUACAUUUACAUACACGAUACACAGAAAAAUACAUGAAGAUAUAGAUAUAUGCAUAAAUAAUUGUAACAACAAAUUGUUAUAGACUCUUUAUUAGUUGCCCGGAGACAAAACCGGCUAAGAGCAAGUCCAUGAGAAGAGUGAGUUUUAUAGUUCAAGAUGUAAUAUUAAUUCUUAGGUAAUUUUGUUUUUAAGUAUUUGUAAUUCUUGUCAUCUUCCUAUUUUAUUAAUUUUGAUAUUAUAUGCUUGAUGUG